AUGUCAGUGAUUAACGGCAGUGAUGACAUGGAGAGGAAAACCACGAGUCCUACUCCGCAGGGACUAAGAAUUAACGAAAUAGACAAUGAAAACGAUUUCGUACCACUAUCAGAUAGUGAUGAUGAGGUAACUAAUGUUAGUCUUGUUCCUACAGCCGCGGAAAUUGAAGCUGAAACAAAAGCUGAGGCACUAGAAGAAGCUGAAGCAUAUGAUGACUAUGAUGGACAUUACGAUAAUCCUACUGAAUCCACUACUCCGGUCCCAGUCUCCAUUUCUCAUCCAUCCACCGUAUCAAGUGCUGGAUCUAAAAAUGCGUCGCCUCUUCAGACAACUGUUGAUUCUGUAGAAUUAGAGCAACCUGUGGCUGUAUCAAAGGUUCCAGAGAAUGUACCCACAAUUUCAAAGGUAUCUAAUAUUAGCAAAGAAGAAUCUAAAAUACAGGUAGAAACUACAUCCAAUGAGAAUAAUGAACUAACUGAGAAUAAUGAUUUUAUUGCAUUUUCAGCAAGUGAGUCGGAAGAUGAAGGUGCGGUUGAAAAACCACAUAUUACUACCGAUGAUAAUCAGGAACUUGAAGAUGAAGAAGCAAUCAUGACAGAUUUUCCUUGGAUUGUAAAUCAUGAUCAUUCGAAACAAAAAGAAGUUGCAGAUUGGCUGACCUUAGAAAUAAAAGAUUUUGUAUCUUAUAUAUCUCCUAGUAAAACUGAGAUCGAAUCUCGUAAUAUCACUAUUGGGAAAAUACGGAGUAGCGUAAAAGCACUAUGGCCUGAUGCCGAUUUACACGUCUUUGGUUCUUAUGCGACAGAUUUAUAUUUACCAGGUUCUGAUAUCGAUUGUGUGAUUAAUAGUAAAAGUGGUGAUAAGGACAAUAGAAACGCAUUAUACCAAUUGGCCAACCAUUUAAGUAAAGAUGGGUUGGCAAUUGAUGUAGAGGUCAUUUCAAAAGCAAGAGUUCCAAUUAUUAAAUUCGUUGAACCAGAAUCAAGAAUACAUAUUGAUAUAUCGUUUGAAAGAACAAACGGUGUUGAUGCUGCCAAGUUAAUCAGAAGUUGGCUAGAUAGUACCCCUGGUUUGAGAGAGUUAGUAUUAAUCGUAAAACAAUUUUUGCAUGCAAGAAAAUUGAAUAAUGUACAUACAGGUGGGUUAGGUGGUUUCAGUAUCAUUUGUCUUGUAUUUUCAUUUUUGCAUAUGCAUCCAAGAAUAGUAUCAAGGGAAAUACUCGCCAAGGACAACCUAGGUGUUUUAUUAAUUGACUUUUUUGAACUUUAUGGUAAAAAUUUUGGUUAUGACGAUGUUGCUAUUAGUGUCUUAAAUGGGGAACCUAGUUAUUUACCAAAGCGUUCGUGGAAGGACCUUUAUCCCAUCAGAAAUUCCUUUAGUUUGGCUAUCCAAGAUCCUGGUGAUUCUACAAAUAACAUUAGUAGAGGUUCUUUCAAUAUUCGUGAUAUUAAAAAAGCAUUUGCUGGUACAUUUGAUAUGUUGACUAAUCAAUGCUUUGAGUUGAAUGAAGUAAGUUUGAAAGGUCGUUCUGGAAAGAGUAUAUUGGGCAGUGUGAUAAAAUAUAGAGGUAAACAAAGAAAUUUUAAAGAUGAAAGAAAAUUGGUUGUCAAUAAGGCCAUAAUAGAGAAUGAGGAAUUUCAUAACAAGCGUAGCAGAGAUGAAAUGGAAGAUGACUACGAUGUUACAGCUACUCUCGAUACAAAGAGGAAAAGGAAAGGUAAAGGUAAGAAGAAGAACAGUAAGAUGGAUGAAAAUAUAGAUGUUUCAGGACCAUCCAAGAAGAAACAAAAGAGAAAAGAGAAAAAAUCAAAGAAACCAAAAAAAAGACAAGUUGAAGAGAGCGAUGAUGGCUAUGUUCCGCUUGACAGUUGA